UAGAAAGGUUAGGUUGCACACACAUUCAGGAUGACUUAAGUUUGUUUCAUUUUUUAUCUCGUAAGCGUCGGUCCAUAGGAUCCACGGACACUGGCUUUGACAUUCUUUAAGUUUAUUUGGUUGUCUCAUCCCUCACCCAAUAUAAAAAAAACAAUUGCAUCAACCAGUUCCAAUGCGCCUACAGCUUCAUUGUUUUUAAUUAGAAACCAUUAUUUCAAACAUCUUUUUGAAUUCAUGCCGUACUUAUAAUUGUUAAACUUCGUUUUCAAUCACUACAUGGAAAAAGAAGUUCCUAAUUAUUGUUUUUGUUAUGAAUAAAACGUGAUGUGAAGGCAUGGCUCUCACAUGCUUUUGAGACUACUGUCAAGAACUGUAAUCAAUGAAAGAACGAAGACAUCUGUUGUUUCAUCUUCUGUACUAGUCAAUUUAUUUAAUUUUGAAGUUUACACACAAUAUUAGAAAUGGAUAAUGAAAUCAGUUCUGUCGCUACCCAGUUGGCAGCUGCCGUAGAAUUAACAAUGAAUCCUCAGGCAUCACAGGUUGAAAGAUUAGAAGCCUACAAUGCCUGUGAAGUGUUCAAAGAGAAGAGUCCUUUGUGUGUUCAGUGUGGUUUGUAUUUAGCACAAAGAGCUGAUUAUUCCCAUUUUGUUCGACAUUUUGGAUUACAACUGAUGGAACACUGUAUCAAGUACCGUUGGUAUAAUAUGAGUCAGGCUGAAAAACUAUUCAUAAAGGAGAAUGCCAUGAAAUUAGUUGAGCGAGGUAUGGAUACAACAUUAGAAGAUAAGGCCCACAUGAGAGAUGCAUUGUCUCGUGUUGUUGUUGAAAUGAUUAAGAGAGAAUGGCCACAACAAUGGAAUACAUUGUUGGCUGAAUUGAAUCAAUGUGCUUCUCAAGGGAAUAUACAAACCGAAAUGGUUUUAUUGGUAUUACUCAGACUUGUUGAAGAUGUAGCUGUAUUACAGACAUUAGAGUCAAACCAACGUAGGAAAGAUUUGUACCAGGCAUUAACAACUAAUAUGUCUGAUUUAUUUAUGUUUUUUCGUGGACUCAUUGGAAAUCAUUAUGAACAAUAUCGCUCAAAUCUUGAACUUGGAAAUGUAGCUAUGGCAAACUCACAUGCCAGGGUUGUACAGGUUGUAUUACUUACUUUAAGCGGUUUCGUUGAGUGGGUUUCCAUGAGCCAUAUUAUGGCUGAGGAUGGCAAAUUACUCCAGAUUUUUUGUGUUUUAUUAAAUGAUGAAAACUUUCAAGACGGGUCUGCUGAAUGUUUGCUUCAGAUUGUAUUGAGAAAAGGUAAACUUGAUGAAAGAAGACCUUUGUUGAUAUUAUUUAGUGAAGAUGCAAUGAGAUGUAUUUUUCAAUCAGCUGAGAACAAGAAUUAUCAGUUUUUAAAAAAACUUACUCGUGUGUUGACAGGACUGGGAACACAACUGUGUUCACUUUGGAGUAAAGAUGGUCAGUCGUGUCCUCCUAAUUUUCAAAUUUAUUUAGAAGCUAUUGUCACUUUUACUCGCCAUCCUUCUCUAAGUCUUGUCUGCUAUGCCAAUUCCCUUUGGCUUGCUUUGAUGAAGCAUGAUCAAAUAUGUCGAGAUGAAGUGUUUCUCAGUUUUGUUCCAAAGUGGGUUGAAGCAGCUGGGCCUAAAAUUAUGAAGGUACCUUUCCCUUCAUCGAAGUCGAACCUAGAACCUAAUACUCCUGAAGCAUAUGCUGUACAAGAUUUUGAUGCAGAAGAUGAAUAUAAUGCUUUUUUUCAUAAGCAUCGAGUAGAACUCCUUGAUACAUUUAAACAGGCUACUUUAGUUGCACCAUUAGUUACAUAUUCCUAUGUUGAAAGGUGGUUAGAAGUGCAGAUUCAAAAAACAGUGACACAAAACAAUUUAGAGCCUUGCACUUUAACUUCUGUUGCUUACCUAGAAUGGGAAGCGCUUUCACUGGCUCUGGAUGCUGUCUUGGGAAAACUGGUGAUGGCAAAGGAAAGGCCUGAUGUCAACAAUGGAUUGAAGCUUUUGGUCCUGUGUUUGCAAUUAGAACCUACUGAUCCUCUCAUCCUCUCGGCCAUGCUGUCGUGUAUAUCUGCACUCUUUGUUUUCCUCAGUAUGGCUCCUCCAGAAACAACUGCUGUGUAUUUACCAAAAGUUUUGGACAAGAUUUUUGCAACACUUGUUUUCACUAUACCUGGCGAACCUAAAAACCAAAGGUCUCGAGGCGUUAAGAAUCUGCGCCGCCAUGCAGCUUCUCUAAUGGUUAAAAUAGCUCAGAAAUAUCCGCUUCUGUUGCUUCCUGUUUUCUCAAGAAUACAUGGUAUUGUUGUCAGUCUGCAGGCUAAGCCUCACACAUUGUCUACAAUGGAGGCUUUGUGCUUACAGGAAGCUUUACUUUUAAUAAGUAAUCACUUAUGCGAUUAUGAUCGAGAGUGCAGGUUCAUCGGUGAAGUGAUGGCUCCAGUCAUUGGUCCUUGGAAUAACAUGGCUUCGGCUGCAUUUAUGUCCACACCAGCAUUCAUGUCUUACGUAGGAUUAGAUAAGCCUCCCGUGGAGCCUAGUUCUGAUGAUAUUAAUGGUCAAAACAGAUCACAAAUUAUGUGGUGCUUAGACGUGAUUCUUGCUGUUGUAAAGAGAGUCAUGUGGCCCAGCGAUCCUGAACUUGCUGCGAGAGGAGGAUUUCUUGUUUGCACAACAGAAGCUGGGAAUCCUAUUUACAGGAAUCCUGCUACACCACACGUUCUUCCUCUACUCCCUGGGUUGUUUAGUCUUGCAUUUGUUAUAAAUGGUCUAUCAUCAACAGCUGCUCUUACCAACCUGUCUGAGGGCUACAGAGGAGCCUAUAUGAUGCUAGAACUAGAAAGGCAGAACUUACUAGGAAUAGGCAGCACAAGUGAGGUAAUGAACAGUGAGUCGAAAGGGGAAACAACUCCGCUCCAAAGAAUGCAAAAUUUCAUAUCUUAUGUUCAUGAGGAUUGUUGUCAUGCCUUAGCCCACGCCUUUCAUGCCCUCAGUCACGAUAUGUAUCAUGUUCCUAACUUGGCACACUCCCUCAUCGCUACGGUCUUCUCCAAUCUCGAGUUUGUACCAGACCAUAGGAUGAGGCCGUUUGUUCGAGUGUUUUUGAAAUCUUUUGUUACAAGUUGUCCACCAUCUUGUUAUGAUAUCGUUUUAACACCUGUGCUGGCUCACUUUACUCCAUACAUGUUCGCCAGACUAAAUGCUAGAUGGCAACAUUUAUCUGAAUUGAGUGAAAAUGGUAAUACUGACGACCAUGAAGAGAGUACUGACACUCAGGAGAUGCUGGAAGACAUGCUGAAUAGAACCCUGACGAGAGAGUACUUGGAUGUGCUUAAGGUGGUGUUGUAUGGGGGUGCAGAGUCUGGUAAUGGAUCUGGCAGCAUGGAGGAAGAAAGCCAAGAUGUAAAGCCCCAGUCCGACGUCAUUAGUGAACUGGGAAUGAGAGUGCUCGCUUUUGAUCCUACUUCCCAGCCUAUCGUUCUCUGUUUAUUGAGAGCUCUAUACUGGGGAGACAGUACAGCCAGUCUUAAGUGCACUUCACUCCUCGGUGGGGUCAUGCUUCAUCUUGUGUCAGCUGGCAAGAUGACUGCAGAACUGGCCUGUCAUGCUCUCACAUCUAUCUUGUUCGGCCUUCAGUGUCACGGUCAGCACGAUGCUAAUCAGGGUUCUCUUCUCGUUCUGGGAACACUUAUGUAUGGCAUAUUGCGGCCAAUAGCUCCUGCAAUCCUACAAGUUAUGAAGCAAAUACCAGAUGUCAAUAUGAUUGAUCUGCAGAAACUUGACGACAGGAUGUUGAAGGAGGUUCAGAAAGGAACAAAAGUAGACAAAGCUAAAAAAGAAAUGUUCAAAAAAGUUACAAGUCCCUUAAUAGGAAGAAAUGUUGGACAGCUGUUCAGGAAAAAAGUUGCUAUUAGAGAUCUGCCCAAAAUAGAUAGUAUAAAGCCGAAACUCAAUUCAGAUUUUCUCUUCAACAAUGACGAGAACGGUUUAGUGAAGCUAUUCAAAACAUAGCGCCAAAUACUUUCUGUUCUACUAUGUAUAGUUCUAGUCUCCUGUGUUGUGAUGCUGUUGGUUUUCUCCUCCUCCUUCAUAUCCUAUUGUUUAAUUUUAAUUGCCCAAUUUGAUGUGAUCAAAAUUAACUUAUUCUUUAGUUUAUAAGAUUAUUUUUUUACAGAAUGAAUUUUUACAUUCCAUCAUGAAUGUAAUAAAAAAUCAACAACGAUUAAUUGUCUCAUAGUUCUAAAAAGAAAUAAGACUUAUAAUAAAUUUUUAAUUUUUGUAGACUUGUAAUUAUUAAUUAUUGCUAUUUAAUUAAAUUAAAAACGCUUUUGGUAUUACUCCAGAAUGCCGAGUCCUUAGUUAUAAUUUAGCUAACAUGGUUAAUUCAUAAUUCAGGAUUUCUGGAUGCUUUUAAUCUACCACAUUUCUUCAGACAGAGGGCAGCGAUGCUCUUACCACACUAAUAUAUUUUAAUUUUUUCAGUUAUUUCUAAGGAUUUUUUUCUAUUUAAAAUAUAAUAGACACUGCUGUUUUCUGUUUAAUCAAUACUGGCAAGGAAAUUCUCGGCGGCUUCAUUGAAAUUCUCUUCAGUCAUUGAAAAUAACAGCUGGAUUGUUUUUUUAAAAUCCAUCAUAUAUUUUAAUUAGCAUUUUCAGUUUUACCCAACACAUUUUUUUGGUCAUUUUUAUAUUAUCGAGAAAAACUUCAUAUCACAUUCUGUUAUUCUCAAAUAACAGCUUAUAAUUCUUGUAUUAAUCAGUAUAUCUGUGUGCCACUGGUCAAAAUACGGCAAUCUGGUGUAUACCAAUUUAAUAAUAAAACAAAUCCGUGUUACGAUUAAUGAAUUUUUAUACAAGACUAUCAGAAGAGCGUUUUAAGAUAAAUGGUGAUUUGAGAUAUACAAAAUUAUAUUUCGGAAUGUUGACUGAAAGCCUUAUUAGAAGACAUUUAAAAGGGAAGGGGUAUGUUGAACACAAAUAUUCAGAAAUGUUUCUCUGGAUGCUGAAAAAUAGUAGAAAAAAGAUUUUGAGCUGAGAACAUAAUUUAAUUUUGGUUACAAAAAUUUCAGUUGAGUCAAAACUAGAAUCAUUUUGUUGCAAUAAUUUACUUGUAUUAAUUUAACUUUUACUACUUUUUGGCCCUGAGAAGUGUUUCUUGGUUUGUGUGUCAAAUUUACUAAAACCAUCUCUUCUUUCCACUAACUAAAAUGUAAAUGUUUAUUUUGUAUAUAAUACAUGUCUUAUAUUAUUUUUGUUGUAAUAUAAUGAUUAAAUGGUGUAUUAGGCCGGAAUAAGAAUGAAUGUUAUUUACUGUAAGUGUAUGUAUUGUACAUUUGUGUUUAUUCAGUGUUAUUAUGUAUAUAUUAUUAUCAUGGGUCAUUAAGUAAAAUUCUUAAAUUAGAUAUUAUAAAUAUUAAAAGAAAAAUGUCAAAAUACACAAUCUGUUUCCAAGUAAUAACUGUUAUUAAUUAUAAAAUUUCAGAGAAUUAAAAAAAAAAGUUAAUUUUUAUAUGAUUCCUUUUUAAAGAUUGACAAAGGUUUGCUUGUUUUUAUAAAUACUAAAUAAUGUAUUCAGAAAUUAUUGUUUUUUAUUGUUACUCUAGAGUAAUAAAAAGAAAUACUUGGAUUGAACUGUAAUGCAUUGCUUUUCAAGUAAAAUUGAAAACAGAAUAAAUGUAUCAUCUACCCUUUUAUAUUGUCCUUUGUAAUUAUUUUCAUAAAAUAAUUUUUAUGUUGUGUAAUCCAUUAUUAUAUUUCUAUUUAUUUUGAAGUUGCUUAUUUGUUUAAACGUUGUUUUAUCACCGAUUAUGUAUAUAAUCUAAAUGAAAAAAAAAUUUAAGUUUACAUGACUUAAAGAAAC